UGCGAGAGGUGUCAAUCCCCGUGAAAAAAACAGCCGUUGCCUUGUUGUUUAUAUAAAAAGUAGGAGAAAACGCCGAGCUGUUGUUUUUGUGAUAUUGCUUGUUACAGUAAGACAAGAGACAUGAUGUGGAAGAUUGUCCUCCCUGUUCUUGCGGCGGUUUUUGCCGUCGGCUCAUCAACAAUGGUCGGGGGGUAUAUAAACAUAGAUGUCAAUGACGAAGGGGCUCAAAAUGCCCUCAAUUUCGCUGUCGUCGAACACAACAAGCAAUCCAACAACAUGUUCCUCAGCCAGGUGGCGGAAGUGGUGGGGGUGAAGAGACAGGCACAUACAACAGCAGAGGGGGGAGAAGUACUCAGAUCUUGUAAAAUUGGUUGCUGGUAUGAAAUAUGUCAUAACCGUGAGAAUGGGGAACACCCCCUGCAGAAAGGGCACUGCAAACGAAGUGUGUGCCAUCCACCAAGACCCAGCCCAGGCUCUGCCCUACCAGUGCGAAUUCACAGUGCUGGUCGUCCCAUGGCGUAAUGAGACUAGGAUGCUCGGGCAGAAAUGCUAGAAAGAGAACUACGUGGAAAAUCUCCAGUGCUGGAAUUGUUUGCGGAAUAUCCCUCAAUCGGAACAAUAUGUUUUCGGUUAGAUAAACCAGAAAAAUAUUAACUUUUCCAUUUUAUGCCUAAGCUACUAUACUUUAUGCUAAAUUCAAUACCUGUUGCAAUGUUUGACAUUGACAUUAAUUUUAAAAGAGCCACUUUGUACUGCUUAAUCACUUAACCUAGCAAAUACCAAAUAAUUAUUAACUGAACUGUUGAUUAGGCUAUUAAAACAUGCUGUUUUGAAAUGAUAAUAAAGCAUCUUGUCAACCUACA